CAAAAUACCAGCCACCCAGCAGCCAUUGUAUCUCAGUGUCUAGUGUAUCGGGGGGCAAAUUGACGUUCCACGAGUGUUAUACUGGUUGAAAGAUUAGCAAAAAGCUUUCUUUGAUAUUGAACCGAAUAUUGCAGGUUAUUUAUGUUACAACGCCGCCUUUAAAUUAAAAUAGAAUAUUAUUUUGUUUCUACCAGAAAUGUAUGUUGUUUUAGUCUAGAUUUAUUUAGCAAUUUUCUCCUUAAGCUCGCGAUACCUUGCUAGCAACUGUACUGCUACGUGCAGUUUGUUGCCUUCCAGUCGUCUGAGAGGAUAUUCCUUGGAUAUACAUUCUCUUUAUUUGCCGUCUUUUUGUCGUAGCUAAAUUAGCCUUUUUAGAUUCCUGUUUCAAUUUAGAUGGCAAGCUUCCCAGACUCUGUAAACGAAAAUGACAUAGGUAAGGCUAAGUCCAUUGGGGAGCUCCUGGUGCCUGUCGCUCCUUUCGACCAGAAGUCUGGCCGCGAGGCCUGGUCUGUGGCCUUUGCUCCUGAUGGCUCCUACUUUGCUUGGUCUCAAGGCCACCGUGUAGUGCGCCUCGUACCCUGGUCCCGAUGCCUCAGCAACUUCUCUGGGGGCCGUGCGGAUGCUCCAGAGGGGGCGGGGCCUCGCCGGCUGUCGCGGCAGAACAGCGAGGGGAGCCUGGUUCCCAGCAUGCCGCGGGAGCACACCAUCGACUGCGGCGACAUCGUGUGGGGGCUGGCCUUCGGCUCGUCUGUCCCGGAGAAGCAGAGCCGCUGCGUUAACAUCGAGUGGCACCGCUUCAAAUUCGGCCAGGACCAGCUGCUCCUGGCCACCGGGCUCAGCAACGGCCGCAUUAAGAUCUGGGACGUCUACACGGGCAAGCUGCUCCUGAACCUGAUGGACCACACGGAUAUAGUGCGGGACUUGACCUUUGCCCCCGAUGGCAGCCUGGUGUUGGUGUCCGCCUCCCGGGACAAAACCUUGCGUGUGUGGGACCUGAAGGACGACGGGAACAUGGUGAAGGUUCUGCGGGGGCACCAGAACUGGGUGUACUGCAGCGCAUUCUCCCCUGACUCCUCCGUACUCUGCUCUGUCGGAGCGGGCAAAGCGGUGUUUCUCUGGGACAUGGAUAAGUACGGGCUGAUCCGGAAGCUGGAGGGUCACCAUAACGACGUGGUGUCCUGUGAGUUCUCCCCCGACGGCGCUCUCCUGGCCACGGCCUCCUACGACACCCGCGUCAUUGUGUGGGACCCGCACCUGGGGACCGCCAUGCUGGAGCUGGGACACCUGUUCCCUCCCCCCUCGCCCAUAUUCGCCGGAGGCGCUAACGACCGUUGGGUACGAUCUGUGGCCUUCUGCCACGACGGGCUCUGCAUUGCCACCAUCGCUGAUGACAGGCUGGUUCGGUUCUGGACCAUUGAAGAGAGCUCCCCUCAGGCACUCGCUCCUCAGGCCAACGGACUCUGCUGUGCCUUUUCUACUGAUGGCAGCGUGCUGGCUGCAGGGUCGCGGGACGGCAGUGUGCGUUUCUGGGCGGCUCCGCGCUCCAUCGCCAGCCUGCAGCACCUCUGUCGCCUGGCUCUGCGGCGGCUGAUGCCCACCCCCCAGGUGCAGGCCCUCCCUGCGCCGCCCCGCAUUCUGGACUACCUGUCCUACAGGAUCGUCUGAACCCCGCACGCUGCCCAGCAACGAGCCGCCCGCGGCUGGAAAUGCAAAAAAGACCAGAACAGUGUGAGUGUGAGAGAGAGAGAGAGAGAGAGAGAGAGAAAGAGAAAGAUGAGAAAUCCAUCUUUGGAGGGGUAAAACUUGACGUCACAUCCGCACAUGCUGUACACCUGUGCACUCGCCGGCCUGAAAUUAUUUAAUUUAGUUUUGCCAAGUUUCUCUGGGUGUGUGGGCCAUUAGCAGUAGUGUGUGUUGGUCCUGCAGCUGGCUGCUAAACUGCAGAAGCCUUACUCCAUCGCUACACUUGCCUUACUCCGUUGCUACGUUAGCCUUUGUGCCGAUUCCCCUGAUACUAGGGCUAAAUGUUUUAGUGCUAACCCCCCUGAUGCCAAGCAAGGUGAAUGUUUUAGUGCUUUUAGGGCUUAGCGUACAUACUCGUGUGUUUGUGUGUGUGUGUGUUUGAGGGGAGCGGACUGUGUGUGUGUGUUUGUGUGUGUGUUUGAGGGACUGGGCUGUGUGUGUGUGUGUGUGUGUGUGUGUGUUUGAGGGGACUGGGCUGUGUGUGUGCGUGUGAGUGUGUGGGUGUGUGAGUGUGUGUAUGUGAGAGUGUGUGAGUGUGUGUGUGUGUUUGAGGGGAGCGGACUGUGUGUGUGUGUUUGUGUGUGUGUUUGAGGGGACUGGGCUGUGUGUGUGUGUGUGUGUGUGUUUGAGGGGACUGGGCUGUGUGUGUGCGUGUGAGUGUGUGGGUGUGUGAGUGUGUGUAUGUGAGAGUGUGUGAGUGUGUGUGUGUGUUUGAGGGGAGUGGACUGUGUGUGUGUGUGUGUGCGUGUGUGAGUGUGUGGGUGUGUGAGUGUGAGUGUGUGUGUGUGUGAGUGUGUGGGUGUGUUUGAGGGGAGUGGACUGUGUGUGUGCGCGCGUGUGUGAGUGUGUGGGUGUUUGAGGGGACUGGACUGUGUGUGUGCGUGUGUGUGUGCAUGUGAGGGAAGGGCUCGUGCCCUCGUAACGUGCCUCUGGGAUUCCUCCUGGCCCUUAAUGAGAAGCAGGGAGUCUGGGAGGGUGGCGAUGGUCAUUCCUCGUAUGAAAAAGGGCGCUUCAGAACGGCUGUUGGGCCAUAAACGUUUUGUCCUUUUAUCCCUCAUCAAUGUGAUAAUGCUGAAAGUUCAUUAGCCUUAUUUACGCUAUGCCAACACACUGACGCUUGCUGUGUCGAUGAACAGAAUAGCAGCAACGCCGGCCAAAAUCCUUGAGUCUCCUUCAGCUCGUUCUGCCCUAGGUUUCAAGAAUAAAAAAUCUAAAUUCAUGAAAA